UUUUUUUUUUUUCUUUUGGUGAGCGGCACCUUCAAGUUACCAUCCCCAGCCUGGCCCUCAUGCUACCUUGGCUCCUGCUGUUGAUCUGUGCUCUGCUCUGUGAACCCGCUGAUCUGGUUCUACAGCCUGUGCUGGAAUUCAGUCCUUCCCAUCCUGUAGAGGGGCAUUCCAUGACCCUGACCUGCAGGUCCAGUUCCUUGCAGAGGCCGUAUAUUCAGUUCCGGUUCUGCUUCUUGGGUGAUGGCCGGGUUCUUGGGUCCGGCUGCAGCAGCUCCCCAAAGCUUCAGAUCCCUGCCGUGUGGAGGAAAAGCCCAAAGUCUUAUCGGUGUGCAGCUGAAGCGACAGCCCAGAAGGUCACAAAGUGGAGCCUGACAACCAAGAUACCUGUGCAGAGAAUCCCUGUCUCUGAUGAACUGGAGACCCGGCCCCCAGGGGGAUGGGUGAUGGAGGGAAGCAAACUGGUCCUCGUUUGCUCAGUUGCUAAUGCCACUGGAAACAUAACAUACUUCUGGUACAGAGGGGCCCUGGGUUCAAAUCUGGAAACAAAGAUACAGCACUCACUGACGGCGGAGUUUGAGAUCGUGGAAGCGAAGAGCAGCGAUGCCGAGCAAUACUACUGUGCAGCUGACAAUGGCUUUGGCCCUGUUCUCAGCGAGCUGGUGGACAUCACUGUCAGAGUUCCAGUGUCUCGCCCUGUCCUUACCUUUGGGGACUCUGGAACCCAGGCUGUGCUGGGGGACGUGGUGGAGCUUCACUGUGAGGCCCCGAGAGGCUCUCCCCCAAUCUUCUACCAGUUUUAUCAUGAGAACGUCCGUCUGGGGAGCAGCUCGGCCCCCUCUGCAGGAGGGGCAUCCUUCAACUUCUCCGUAACCGCAGAACAUUCUGGAAACUACUUCUGUGAGGCCAGCAAUGGCCAGGGUGCCCAGCGAAGUGAGGUGGUGACUCUCAACCUAACAGAGAGCUCAGGUGCAGAUCUCUCGUCAGUGCCCAUUGAGGCUGGAAGCAGUCAUCUCUCCUCAGGAGUCACUGAGUGGCUACUUGGCUGUCUGGGCCCCAUCACCAUGGUCCUAAUAUUUUGCUACUGGCUCAAGAGAAAAAUAGGAAGACAACGGGAUGAUCCACUCAGGAGCCCUCCUAGGCCUGCGUUCCAAGAAUCCAGCUACCUCAACUCACCUGACCCAAGGCAGCUACAGUCCGUGUAUGAGAACGUGAAUAUUGUCAGUGGUGACGACAUUUACUCACUGGUGUACCAUACCCAGCAGGAGAUGGAGCCAGCAGUGGCUCAGCACAUGAGGACACACGGAGCAAGUGAGGUCUCUUCUGACAUCUAUUCUAAGGCAAGGAAGAUAAACAUUGCAGAUGUGGACUAUGAAGACCCUAUGUAGAAUAGUGGAACAGCGUCUGUGAAGUGCUGUGAGAAAGCCAAAGGCCUGAUGUGGACUCCAGGGAUGCUGGGAGAGGAUAGUUUGCCGCUACACCUUCCCCACAGGCUUCCCUUCACAAGAUGGCUCCCUCACCUACCCAGUGUGAAGCUGGUACAAGUCCUGAAGAAACAAGCCAGGAAAACCAACUUAGACCCAGAAGCUGGAAAGAUUUGCUGGUGGCAUCUGGUUGUCGCCCAUUCAUGUUGGGGCACGACAAAUUGCCUGCUGACUUUUAUUUACAAGAGGAAAAGGGGGGCAAUGAAAGCAACUGAGGGCUUGGAGCAGAGAGACAGCACGACUUGAGAGGCACAGAGCCAACGACGUCAACGACUUGGCAGGAGGACUGUGGAGAGAGCGGCGCUUCCUCUGUGCGCUUAGCCUGUCUCCACCUCAGACACCUGACCCUGUGUGCUUGGAGUCACUGUCAUCAGUUUAGAAUUAAAGCACAGUUGCAAAAACUUA